AGUUAUCCUCCACAGAAUAGCCCAUGAACUGAUGUAAAUCUAACAAGUCUAAUAGAACUGAAGUGGGAGCUGAAAGAGAUCCAGUCAUGUAGUACCGGCUGUUAUCUUCUUAAGUUAUGCGGCGGAGUCUGGCGCCGAGCCAAUCAGUAAAGAGGAACAACAGCGACACAAUAUGUUCAUCUCAAGUCUACAAGAGGUGUAAAGGAGAGUUUCUGGAGGACAAAGAGAAUAAUGAAUCUUACUCUGCUCAUGAGGACCUUAUCAAGAAUCUGCUUUCAAAGCCAUUUCAAAUCCCAAUACCAAACUACGUUGCAAGCGGGUACCGCAAAUCUCUAGGGCUCCGUAAGGCUGGCGUGAAGGUCUCUUUGCACGACCCUGAUGCCCCAAAUGCUCUAGUCCUCUACAAACCUCCAGAAGAUGCUAAAGACGAGGUCCAUGUUGUUGUAGAUCCGAUUUUGGGAGACAUUCUGAGACCUCAUCAACGGGAGGGAGUACGGUUUAUGUACCGCUGUGUGACCGGUAUUACAGCACCUGAUAAUUACGGUUGUAUAAUGGCUGAUGAGAUGGGACUGGGUAAGACACUGCAGUGUGUCGCCCUCUCGUGGACUCUCUUGAAACAGGGACCGGAAUGUAAACCUGUUAUUGAUAGGGUUGUUAUUGUGUGUCCUUCCUCUCUUGUAAAGAAUUGGUAUAACGAGUACUACAAAUGGCUGAAAGGGCGCAUCACCCCCCUCGCCAUUGACUCCGGUUCCAAACAGAAGAUAGAUGAUGACUUGGCUAACUUUGUCACCUCUCGGAGAGUUGUGUAUCCGAUACUGAUCCUGUCUUAUGAGACUCUCAGACUUCACAUCACUGCCCUGCUCAAAGGUCCAAUCGGUCUGAUAAUCUGUGACGAAGGGCACCGUCUAAAGAACUGUGACUCCCAAACCUACGUAGCUCUGAACAAGCUGAACUGCAAACGUAGAGUCCUCCUCUCCGGCACCCCUAUACAGAACGACCUGCUUGAGUACUUCAGUCUAGUGCACUUUGUCAACGAAGGAAUGUUGGGGUCUAUAGCAGACUUCAGGAGGAAGUUCGAGAACCCCAUCUUAAAGUCACGUGACUCGUUUGCGUCUGACAAGGAAAAGGAGAGGGGGGAGGCGAUGCUGAAAGAGCUGCUCGCUCUAGUAAACAGGUGUAUCAUCAGAAGAACAGCAGCUAUCCUAUCAAAGUACCUCCCAAUAAAAAUAGAACAAGUAGUAUGCUGUCGGCCCUCUCCCCUACAAUCAGCUAUCUACACAUCCUUUGUUAACUCUAAAACUACUCGAGCAGCUCUGGCUGAUAACAAGAAGGCAGCAGUUGGGGCUCUCUCUUCUAUCACUAAUCUCAAGAAGCUUUGUAACUACCCAGCGCUAAUCAGAGAGAAGGCCGAAGAACGGGCUCCCGGGUGGGAAGAUGCUCUGGAUCACCUUGGAAACUGUACCAUCAGAAAACUCCAACCUAUACUAUCUGGUAAGCUGGCAGUGCUGGACUGUAUUUUAGCGUCCACCAAGUCCCGGACUGAUGAUAGGUUUGUCCUGGUCUCCAACUAUACCCAAACUCUGGACGUGUUCGAACAUCUGGCUCGUCUCCGAGGGUACCAGUUUGUACGUCUGGACGGCUCAAUGACCGCUAAGAAGCGUAUGAAGAUAGUAGACAAGUUCAAUGACCCUGACAGUAAGGACUUCCUGUUCAUGUUGAGCAGCAAAGCAGGAGGGUGUGGUCUCAACCUAAUAGGAGCUAACAGACUGGUGAUGUUUGACCCUGACUGGAACCCAGCCAAUGAUGAGCAGGCUAUGGCACGGGUCUGGAGGGACGGACAGAAGAAACCUGUAUUUAUAUACAGACUGCUGACUACGGGAACUAUCGAGGAGAAGAUAUUUCAGAGACAGACUCAUAAGAAGAGUUUGAGCAGUGCGGUGGUGGACUGUGAAGAGAAUGUUGAGCGACACUUUUCUCUCUCGGAACUCAGGGAACUGUUCAACCUCAAGACAGAUACUCUCAGCGAUACUCACGAUAAACUGCAAUGUAAGAGGUGUAUUAACAAUAUCCAGACUAAAGCACCUCCUGAGGAAGCUGACACCACCUGCUCGGUGGCACAGUGGAAUCACACUACAAGUAAACACAAAAUAAAGGACUUUGCUUUACACUCAGCCUGGGAUACAGCCGUCUCCUUCGUCUUCUAUCAGCGAUCUCACGAGAAAAACUGAUGUUUUAUUUUAUACGUUAAUUUAUAAAUUGUUGUUGAUAAUUAAUUGUAUUUUGUUGAGCCUUCAGUUGUUUGCCUCGUUAUUAGUAUGACUUAAAAUAUUUUAUCAAGUUGUUUUUAACAAUUAUUAAAUUCAUAGUUCAUACUGCUGACUAAAGAUAUUAAUUAUUAUCGCUGACUUAAUAGAACCAAUCAACCAAUGUUAAAUGUCUUUGUUGGCAUCACAUUGUUUGAUGAACUUAUUCCGGAGUGACAUCAUUAAUGAGUUCUAAACCAAAAUAUUUGAUAUUAUUUAAUUGUAAAUAUUGACCUCAGAACUCAGAAGACUGAAUUUCAGAUGCAAUUUCGUUGAAUAACCUGGCAAUUGUUUGAAGUAAUAUCAUGUAUUUUGUAACAUUAAAAACGGAACAUAUUUUUAAAACGUUCACUCGUUUGAUUCUCCGGUAGUCAAACACAAGCUCAUCCAUAUGGGCAUCACGUGUUUAUUGUAGUCAAACAUCAGCCAUGUUGUC